AUGCCUCUUCCAAAAUCACAUUCCAGAAAAGCAGGCCCCCAAAAGAGCACAGCUCUCGAUCCAGAGGAUUUCAACUCGACAGAUGAUGAAUUCGAAGGGUUCCUUUCUUCGGAAUCGGAGAGAACAGAUAACGAAAGCGACAGCAGUGAUUCCAGUGCCGAAGCAGAUGAUUACAACAAAAAGCAAAUUGCGAAGUUAGCAAAGGAAGCCCUGAAAGAUAGAAACCUCUCGAACGAUAAAUCGCGAGCAGAAAAUAGCGGCAUAGUUUACGUGGGGCGCCUUCCGCACGGUUUCUACGAAAAACAAAUGAGAGAGUACUUUGGACAAUUUGGUGCGAUCUCAAAAUUGAGAAUGAGCAGAAAUAAGCGAACAGGUGCGUCAAAGCACUACGCAUUCAUGGAAUUUGAACAUCCAGAAAUUGCAAAUAUCGUUUGUGAAACUAUGGAUAACUAUCUUCUAUUUGGACAUUUGUUGAAAGUUAAAAGAGUUGCCCCAGAAAACGUUCAUAAAUCCCUUUUCACUGGAGCAAACAAAAACUUCCAAAUUAUACCUUGGGGAAAAGUUGGAAAGCGGCGCUACGAGCGCAAGCAACCACGGGAAAUGUGGGAAGACCGUCAGGCUGAUUUCGACUCACGUAGAAAGGCGAAAAACAAGCGUCUGAAGUCGCUCGGAAUCAAUUAUACUUUGUGA